AUGUUGAUGUUGAUCCCAAAGUUGAAGCUGAAUCUUGGAUUUGUAAUGGCUGGUUUUAAUGAUAACGUUGCUGUAAUGGGAGAGUGGUUAGACUGUACUCCUUACACCAGGAAGAGAUCAAAAGCGGAACUUGAUAGAGAGGUUUCUUUAGAAGACAUCAAGAAUAAGGACUUUCUGCAAAACAUCUCUCAAGAGAAACCGUGGUGUUCACGAGGUGGUCUUAGUGAAAGGCUUGCUGCGAGAGCCGGGUUUAAUGUACCGAGGCUAAACACUGAGAGUAUUCUUCAGUCUCCAUGUUUAACCAUCUCUUCUCCUGGAGUUAGCCCUGCGACUCUGCUAGACUCUCCGGUUUUCCUCUCAAACCCUUUGCCAUCUCCAACAACCGGGAAGCUCUCAUCACUACCUUAUGGAAAAGCUAAAGAUGAGUUCUUUGACGACAUUGCCACAUCCUUAGCCUUUCACCAAUCCAUUCCAAGAAGGAGCCUUGAUUCUACAGUAGAGCCCGAUGAGUCCCAAGACUACGAGCAAACACAGCCCGGCGGUUUAGGAGACUCGGCGCCUAGUGGUGCAGCAGCAGAUGAUGGAUACAACUGGAGGAAAUACGGACAGAAGCUAGUUAAAGGAAGCGAGUAUCCACGUAGCUAUUACAAGUGCACACACCCGAACUGUGAGGUGAGGAAGAAGGUUGAACGGUCUAGGGAAGGUCAUAUUACAGAGAUCAUAUACGCAAAGGCUCAUAAUCAUCCGAAACCUCCACCUAACCGCCGCUCAGGCAUUGGAUCAUCCGGUACAGGGCUUGACAUGCAAAUAGAUGGAGCUGAGCAAGAAGGUUUUGCUGGAACCAAUGAGAAUAUAGAAUGGACAUCACCUGUAUCCGCAGAGCUCGAAUACGGUAGCCUUUCUGGAUCAAUGCAGGUUCAAUGCGGGACUCAGUUCGGGCAUGGUGAUGCUGCAGCUGAUGCCUUCUUCAAAGAUGAUGAUGAAGAAGAACGCACGUCCCACAUGAGUGUUCCCCUGGGUUACGAAGGAGAAGUAGAUGAAUCCGAGUCAAAGAGAAGGAAACUCGAAGCUUAUGCAACGGAGAUGAGUGGAUCGACCAGAGCCUCCCGUGAGCCAAAAGUAGUGGUGCAGACCACAAGUGACAUUGACAUCCUCGAAGAUGGUUAUCGCUGGCGCAAGUACGGCCAAAAAGUCGUCAAAGGAAACCCGAAUCCAAGGAGUUACUAUAAAUGCACAGCUAAUGGAUGUAUCGUAACGAAGCAUGUGGAGAGAGCUUCUGAUGACCUCGCGUCCGUACUAACCACUUACAUAGGCAAGCACACCCACGAAGUACCAGCAGCACGCAGCAACAGCCACGUCAGUUCAGGGACCAUCCAAGGCGGUUCAGCGACUCAGACCCACAACCACCAUGUGCAGUAUCCAGCGCCACGCAGCAGAUCCGAGGGACUGGUCACAGCCAACUCAUCCCUAUUCGACUUCCAGCAACACAUGAGGCCUCCUUCGGGUUUCUCGGUUUACGUAGGCCAAAGUGAGCUUUUGGAUCUUUCAAUGCCUAGUUUAGCUAUCGGGCAAGAGAGGCUUCCCGGCCUGCCAGGGCCUGAUGACAUUGGUGAUGCAGCCGGGCUGAUGUUACAGUUGGCAGCAGAGCCGAAGGUGGAACCAGGGUCACAGCAGGGACUUGGAAUGUCGACGAGCUCAUUGAUAUACAGAGAUAUAAUGAGUAGAAAUCUUUUAGCAAAAGAAGGAACUACAUUAGCUGUUUGGUUCCAAAAAGCUCAGCGCUUCUACAACUUCACUGGUCUUAUCUUUUCUGCUCCAUACUUUUCAUCAAUGGCUUCUCUUAUCUCUUUUUUUCCUCUCCCAAAACCAAAAGCCGUAAGAAACUCAACAAUUUUAGCUCUUCAGACCAAAACAAUAAUCGAAGGGCUUGAAGAGAAAUUUGGACGAAAAGGCAUAAAGUUCUCUGAACGAAACAACGUUCCCAUGGUCGAGCUUAAGGUCAGAAAUGGGAGUUCUUUAAAGCUGAGUCUAUCAGACGCUCAUGUGGUUUCAUAUAAGCCUAAGGUAUACUGGAAAGACGACGGGUUCGAGGAAGUCCUUUACACAUUUGAUAGUGAUAAAGGCAUAGGUGGUGGAGUUGGUCCUGUUAUUGUAAACGGAGAACAAGCAACUUCGGUAAUCUCAGGUUGUAAUUGGAGUGUCAAGGACACUGAUUCAGACGCCGUUGAUGCGCUUCAGAUCGAACUGAGCUGUACGGCUGGGUUUCUUGACAUAACCUAUAUCAUAUCUCUCUACCCUGUAAGCAUGGCUACAGCUCUGGUGGUGAAAAACAACGGACGCAAGUCGGUUACCCUUAAACCGGGUAUUAUGAGUUACAUGAGAUUCAAGAAACGGAAUGGGGCUGGGAUUCAAGGGCUUAAAGGAUGUUCUUAUUGUCCCGACCCUCCUUUACCAUCGCCUUUUGAACUCCUCUCUCCUUCCGAGGCGAUGAAGGCAGAAUCGCCCGGGUGGUUAGGGUCAGAAGAAGGCGAAAAGCCGGGGAUUUGGGCAGUAGAAGACUCUGUGAUUACACUUCUUGAGAACAAGAUGAGUAGAGUCUAUGGUGCUCCUCCGGGUGAGAGAUUAAAGCCUGUCUAUACCACUCCCCCAUCUAAAUAUGAAACCAUCGAUCAGGGAAGAGGAUUGUUCUUUAGGAUUAUAAGGAUAGGGUUCGAGGAUAUCUAUGUGGGAUGCCCAGGAUCAAUGUGGGAUAAGUAUGGGAAGCAAAGUUAUUUCGUGUGCACCGGUCCCGCUUCUAUGCUCGUUCCCAUUGAUAUCGGCGCUGGCGAGAGAUGGAGAGGAGCAAUGGUAAUCGAGCAUGAUAAUUUGUAAAUUGCAUUUACCAUAGUAAUACUUUCUUCAACUUUUUUCCCUUUUAUGUUUUAUUUUUUAAUUUAGUCACUCUACAACCACCAAAUUAUUCUUAUUCACAAUAACAAAUUAUUGCUUUAUACCACAGUACUAUAACCAACAAAGUGUUCUUAUAUAUCAAAUUAUAUACUCAC